AUGAUUAUACAAUUGCUUUGUUUCUUCUUGUUCUUGUUUCUUCUAUUACAAGUCACCAUGUCUAAACGUUCUUUCAAGAAAUUUUUGGAACAAAAACUCGGAUCUUUGCCUCAGUUCCUCAUCUACAGCGUUCUCGAAUGGACUCUCAUCACCAUCCUCUUCAUCGACGGCGUUCUCUCCUUCUUAUCAAACCAAUACGCUAGAUUUUUCGAGCUCAAGACUCCUUGUCUCCUCUGUACCAGAAUAGACCACGUUCUUGUCCCUAGAGACCCUCAUUUCUAUUACAACGACUCAAUCUGCGACUCACACAAGAAGAAAGUCUCUUCCCUUGCGUAUUGCCAUGUCCACAAGAAACUCUCUGAGAUCAAACAUAUGUGUGAAGGUUGUCUUCUCUCUUUCGUCACCGAGAAGGAAUCUGACUCUGAUACGUAUAAGUCUCUCAUUGGGAUCUUACAUAAAGAUCUUGAGCUUCUCACUGAUGACGAAAGAAAGCUUCCCUUGGUGCUCAAGAAAGACGAUAAAUUUGUUCAGACAACAACAAACCUAAUGGAUUACAAGACAAGCAACAAGAACAUUAGCUUGAAACAACAUUGCUCUUGUUGCGGAGAGUUAUUGAAGCGCAACAGUUCUUUCCUCUCUCCUGCUCCUUCUCCUCCUCCUAGGGUUCCCUACAACAAGCUGUCUGAGAAUGAAUCCGAGUUUAGGGUUUUGGAUGUGGACAGAACACCAAGUUUUGUAAGAGGAGGUAACAAGUUCUUUGAGAAUGCUUCAGACCUGGGUGAUUCAAAAGGUGAAUCCAUUCUUGAUCAGCUCAAGAAAGAGGUUGGCUUGGAAAAGAAGUCACUGAUAGAUUUGUAUAUGGAGUUAGAUGAAGAGAGAAGUGCUUCAGCUGUUGCAGCCAACAACGCUAUGGCUAUGAUUACAAAGCUACAAGCCGAAAAAGCCGCUGUUCAAAUGGAGGCUUUGCAGUGCCAAAGAAUGAUGGAUGAACAAGCAGAGUAUGACCAAGAAGCUUUGCAGUCUAUGAGUAGUGAAUUGACAAAGAGGGAAGAGGAAAUAAAGGAGCUUGAAUCUGAGCUUGAGGCUUACAGAGAGCGAUAUGGAUGUUUAGCAGAUGAAGAUGAUGUCAAAGAAGAGUUUCUUGAAGAUCACGGCAAUGCCAGUGUAGUUUGUUAUUCAAUUCAUGAGGACAAUGGAGCAAACUUUGAACAAAGUGGGUCUUGUAAAUCCGAAGAAACGAGAUUCUUAGGACAAAUGAAAGGAGCUGAAAGCAAAGAAGGUAUAGUGAAGGAGCUCUCUGAGAUCACAGAGAGGCUAAGUGCUCUUCAAUCAAAUGGUGAGCUGUUGAAACAUAUUGCAGAUGUUUUAGAUGCUAGUGAUGGAGAAGCAAUUCUGUUGCACAUAUCUCAAAAUUUGCAUAUGCUUCGUAGUUUUGUUGCUAUGCCUUCAGAAUCAUGA